GUGUGCGCCCUCCUCCUGAGCUCUGUCUGGUAUAUAUAAGCCUAAGAGUCCACUCAAUGAGCAGAACACUGAUGAGCCUCCUCUUCCUCACUGACUGAUGAAGAGCUGCUGAAUCAACUCACUUCUAUUACACUAAAGGCCCCGGACCCGUCUGUUUUCUCCCGCUCAGCGUCAUGCCUCCUCAGCUGCAGUCUCAGAGUCCGGCCGGAGCCCGUGUGCUUCAGGGAGACCUGGCGUCUCUGAGCCCGUCUCUGAGGGACUUCAUCGAGAGCAGCGUGAAGCUGUGUCAGCCGGACGCCCUGCACAUCUGCGACGGCUCCGAGGACGAGAACCGCUCCAUGCUGCGGCUCCUCGAGGAGCAGGGGGCCCUCAAGAGGCUCCGCAAAUACAACAACUGCUGGCUGGCACGCACCGACCCGAGGGACGUGGCUCGAGUCGAGAGUAAGACGGUGAUCGUGACCCCGGAGCGGAGAGACACGGUCCCCGGGCCCCGAGACGGCGGCGUCAGUCAGCUCGGGCGCUGGAUGUCCCCGGAGGAGUGGGAGAAAGCCAUGAACCUGCGCUUCCCGGGAUGCAUGAAAGGUCGUGUGAUGUACGUCAUCCCGUUCAGCAUGGGUCCCGUGGGCUCUCCGCUCUCGAAGAUCGGCGUGGAGCUGACCGACUCUCCCUAUGUAGUGGUCAGCAUGAGGGUCAUGACCCGAGUGGGUAAAGCCGUCCUGAGCGCUCUGGGCAGCGGAGAGUUUGUUCGAUGUCUGCAUUCAGUCGGCUGCCCGCUGCCUCUCAAGAAGCCGCUGGUCAAUAACUGGCCGUGUAACCCGGAGCUGACCCUCAUCGCUCACAUCCCUGACCAGAGGAGCAUCGUGUCGUUCGGCAGCGGAUACGGAGGAAACUCCCUGCUGGGGAAGAAGUGCUUCGCUCUCCGCAUCGCAUCCCGCAUCGCUAAAGACGAGGGCUGGCUGGCCGAACACAUGCUGAUCCUGGGCAUCACUAACCCGGCCGGACAGAAGAAGUACUUCGCCGCGGCGUUCCCGAGCGCCUGUGGAAAGACCAACCUGGCCAUGAUGAAGCCGUCUCUGCCCGGCUGGAAGGUGGAGUGCGUCGGAGACGACAUCGCUUGGAUGAAGUUCGACAAAGACGGUAAUCUCAGAGCCAUCAACCCAGAGAACGGUUUCUUCGGGGUGGCUCCAGGAACCUCCAGCAAGACCAACCCGAACGCCAUGGCCACCAUCGGCCAGAACACCAUCUUCACCAACGUGGCCGAGACCAGCGACGGAGGGGUCUACUGGGAGGGCAUGGACGAGGAUCUGCCGGCCGGCGUCACGCUGAGCUCCUGGAAGAACCGCCCGUGGACGCCGGAGGACGGAGAACCCUGCGCUCAUCCCAACUCACGCUUCUGCACGCCGGCCGCUCAGUGCCCCAUCAUCGACCCUCAGUGGGAGUCUCCGGAGGGCGUCCCCAUCGAGGCAGUGAUCUUCGGGGGCCGGCGUCCUCAGGGGGUCCCUCUGGUCUACGAGGCCCUCAGCUGGGCUCACGGGGUGUUUGUGGGAGCCGCGAUGAGAUCCGAAGCCACGGCGGCCGCAGAACACACAGGUAAAGUGAUCAUGCACGACCCCUUCGCCAUGCGUCCGUUCUUCGGCUAUAACUUCGGUCGGUAUCUGUCUCACUGGCUGAGUAUGGAGCAGCGGCCCGGGGCCCGGCUGCCCAAGAUCUUCCACGUCAACUGGUUCCGUAAGAGCUCCUCCGGACGCUUCCUGUGGCCCGGGUACGGCGAGAACAUCCGUGUGCUGGAGUGGAUGUUUGACCGGAUCGAGGGCCAGGCCGGAGCGGAGCUCAGCGCGGUCGGCUUCAUCCCGUCGCCCGGGGCCCUGAACCUGCGGGGCCUGCCGGACCUGGACCUCGGCCAGCUCUUCGGCCUCCCGCCGGACUUCUGGAGGAAGGAGGUGGAGGACAUCAGAGCGUACUUCCAGCGCGAGGUCGAGCGAGACCUGCCUGAAGAGAUGGAGACGCAGCUGGAGCAGCUGGAGCAGAGAGUCCUGCGUCUGUGAGAGGAACCUGUCUUCUCAAGACAUCCAGAUUUAGUUCUGAGCAGAAACACCUUCCGGUGGGGAGAGGAGAAGAGUCAAGAUGAACCCCCUGGACAACAAGACAAAAUAUCUUUCUUUUUUUGCGGUGCAUCAGAUAUAUAUCACUGCAAGAAAAAGAUUUUGCUCCUUAGUGCUUAUUCUGUUUUCUAGUACAAAUAAACACUCUUGAAUCAGGAUGCAUUAAUUAUUCUAAUUAGGAAAUCGCUUAAAACAAGAAAAAUAUCAAAAAGAUACAGAUGAAUUUUUAAAUGUUUAAUAUUGUUUACGCCGUAAUAUGAAGUAAAUUCAUCUCGAUUCAAGAAUUUGAAGAUAUUUCUACUAGAAAACAACAGAAAGAUCUGAUCAAAAGAUGUUAUUUAACCUUUAUAUAAAUUAUUAAAGUGUCUGUGUUCACGUUUAUAUUCAGCUGAUAAUAACUUUAAACAAUUCAACCGUUUCAUUUUUCUAAAUGUCUUAAAUUAUUUUUGUAUUUCUAUGAAGCUUGUUCCAAGAUAUUAAUAAACGUUAUUUAAACAUG